GUCGCGUGGGUAAUCGAAUCUUCUGCAAUUCGACGACUUUCAAAAAGGAAAGGACGUAAGUUCUUUUUGUUUUAUCUCGUGUAGUAUCUAUCGAGAUAAGUCCAUCAAAGUUGAAUGCGAGAGCCUUUUGCAACGAAUCAAAAUCAACAAGACGUGGAAAGAAAAAGAAGAUGUCGGUUGAAGAGAAGAUAAGUCGUGAUGCUGAAAUGGAAGACAAAAAGCUUUGACAGCAAGAGGGAAAAAAGGCAUUUCAAGAAGCGAGUAUAUUUAUAGACACCCAGCAUGAAGAAUCCUAUUGGUGAAUUGAUACUCAACUUCAUCGGAAACAUUUACUGGCAGAACAAAAGCCCAAUUUAGUGAAAAGCCAUUUUGCCAUCCCAUAGAAAUGCCAUUUAUACUCUGAGAAAUAUUGGCGAAAUAAAUGUGUAGGAGGCUAGGAGCCACUUUCUUCCUUUCCACGUCACUUCAAGUUAGGAAGACGGAGCUGUUGCUGCCUGUCGUGAUGGUACCAUUCAAUUACGACGCCAUUAGCAUUCGACUCGGGCGGCGCAGGGUACUAUAGGCAGUGAUUUUUUCAACAUCUCCGACGACGUGCUUUGCAACUCCUUAUCAAAAGAGUUGCCCUGGGCGACCCGUUCAGCCUGGCAGCCUAAUAAGCCUCCUUGAGCUCGAGUGGAAAUUUAGCCGGUCUCUUUCUAGCUCUUUGGCUCCUUAUUUAUUGGCGAUGGAAGCAAAUAAAAGUAGGAAGAAAUUCCCUUCCAACCGCCAGCGCAGAGCGGAGCCUUGAAGGAUCGACGGUAUACGAGUUGGAAAAGGCCAUCACCAUCGGCCAUUACGACGGCAGGAUGUCGGUCGAGAGGAAAUGGGAAACCCUAUUACACACACUAGGAAACCAUCGGAAUGACGCUGGGGGAUGGUCAGCGUCGGGCAUAUCGAAUCUCGUCCAGCUCCUCUUUGAUCCGCUUCUCCGCAUCCCCACGAUUGACGUGAGGAACGAGCGGGAGCGAAAAUUUUGAUUUUCCCGUGUCGCCGAGGUGUUUGUUCUUCCUACGCGUCGUUCCUGUCGGGAUUCCCACACUCGGCGGAAGGAAAGACAACAACAACCUCCAAAAUAAAAAUGAAGAAAAUGGCAGCGCCGGCGCAGUUGACAUUACUCCUCCUCCCUUUCCCUUUGGGGUUGGAAGUUUGUAUCUGGCUGGUUCUUCUUCUUCUUUUCUCUCGGCGACGAUGAUGGUGAUAUCCCCGUCCACACACACACACACACACGGGAAAAAGAGAGAAAAAAAAAACGGUCGGGAAGGAGAGAGAGGAGCGCGCAGCAUCCCAGUCCCGGAAUAUCCGCGACUGCACGCACCUUGCGAGCGGGUAGUCGGUUGGCGUAAGGUGGGCCAGCAGGAUCCUUGCCUUUUGUCCUCCCGCUCGGAACUCCUUUCACUUUCUCCUUUCUCUCCUUUUCUCAUUAAUUCUUUCUCUCCUAUCUUACUAAAGCAACUCAUUUUCUCAUUUCUAUUUUCAUCUGAAUUUCCGUUUGGGUUUUUGGUUGUUUUUUUAAAUUUCGAAUUUACCCGCCGUUUUUUUCUUUUUUCCCCCGAAAGGAGAAAUUUAUUUGAAUGUCUUCGACACCGAGUCGUUCGUCGUUGACGGCCACUUGACACGUCGGGGACCGUUCAAUAAAUUUCGAUCCUUUUUUCCCCCACAUCCCUCGCCAAUCCCAAAUUCGAUCGGUUUUAAAUCCGCACAGAAAUUUAAAAAUAGGAAUUUAAUUCGGUGUAAAAAAAAAGGUUAGUGGUUUUGGUGCUGGCCGGGCUGGUUGCGAGAGAGAGUUGAAGCGGAUGACCGGACAAGUGGAGACAUCCGGAGAACAAGAUCAUCGUCGCUGCCAGCCAUGAAGAAGAAAUUGUUGUGUCGCUCCUGGCGAUGGCUGAGGCUGUCGGCCGCCGUGUUUUUCGUGAUGGUGACGGCCGCCUCCGGCCAGUUGGCCUUCACUUUCCAGCAGAACCACCCGCCGCAGCAGCAGCAGCCGGAGCGGGAGAGCGAGUACGCCCACCACCUGAUCCGCAUUCCGGGCGACAUUGUCUUUGGCGGAUUGUUUCCCAUGCACGAGCACCUGGUGCUGACGGACCACGGCGGCGGCGGAGGAGGCGCGGCUGCCGGACUCGGCGGCGGUGGCCUGGAAUUCCCCUGCGGAGCCAUCAAGGAGGAGAAGGGCAUCCAGCGACUGGAAGCCAUGCUCUACGCUCUGGAUCUCAUCAACGACGACCCGCACAUCCUGCCCAACAUCACCAUCGGCGCCGUCAUCCUCGACACUUGCUCCAGCGACACUCACGCCCUCGACCAGUCGAUGGAAUUCGUCCGAUCCUACAUGAACAAGGACGCGUCCGAGUACCAGUGCGAAUCGGGAGACGCUCCGCGCUACGUGCCCCACAAGCCCAUCACGGGCGUGAUUGGCGCCAGUUUCUCGACAGAGUCCAUCAUGGUGGCCAACAUCCUCCGCCUCUUCAAGAUUCCGCAAAUCAGCUACGCUUCAACCAGCGCCGAACUGUCUGACAAGUCGCGUUUCGAGUAUUUCAGCCGCGUCGUCCCGCCCGAUAACUUCCAGGCCCAGGCCCUUGUGGAAAUGGUCCGCCAACUCGGCUGGAAGUACGUCUCCACCGUGGCCGUCGAAGGCGACUACGGAGAAAAGGGUAUCGCUUCGUUCGUGACGCUGGCCGAGGCCGCCGGAAUUUGCAUCGCCGUGUCGGAGAAGAUUCUGAGACGGGCGGAAGACGCCGAUUACGAUCGCAUCAUCGAGCGGCUCUCGCAGAAAUCCAGCGCCCGCGGAGUCGUCAUGUUCGCCGACGAGGACGAAACCAGGCGGAUGUUGGCGGCCACGAUGCGUCUGAACAAGACGGGCCAAUUCCUUUGGGUCGGCAGCGACUCGUGGGGAGCUAAAUUGCAUCCGGUGCGCGAUCAAGAGUUUGCAGCCGAAGGAGCCAUUACCAUCCUGCCCAAAAGAUCCUCAUUGGCCGGAUUCGACGCUUAUUUCAAAGCUCUCCGGCCCAAGACGGCCAAAGUGUGCGGCAGUGUCGGCGGCGGAUCGGCUAAUCACAACGGAGGCGGAGGUGGUGGUGGACCUGCUGGCGGAUUCGCGUCAGGUGCGGCCAGUUUCAACGCCAGCGGCAACGGCGAGAAUCAAUACUAUCGCAACGCUGUCAAGGGCUCGAGGAUCUACAACUGCCGCAAUCCGUGGUUCCGCCUAUUCUGGGAACAGCAUUUCAAAUGCAGGUUCAAUUCCAGCUCAUCCGCCGCAUCCGGACAUUCUUCGUCAACUUUGCCCGAGUGCAAAGGCGGAGACAAGCUCACCUACUACGAGCAAGAGGGACUGGUUCCUUUUGUCGUGGAUGCCGUUUACGCCAUGGCUCACGCCGUUCACCGGAUGAUCGCCGACGUCUGCGGACACGACGCCCGCGAGCUCUGCGACGAGCUCAAACCGGCGCCCUCCGGCAGAAACUUGCUCAAGUACAUCAGAAACGUCAAUUUUAUCGGUCCUCAGGGUCAGCCGGUCCGGUUCAACAAGGACGGCGACGCCUACGGCAGCUACAGCUUCUAUCAGUAUCAGCGUCACGGCAGCAAGUACGACUACGUGCGCAUCGGUGAUUGGAGCGCUUCGUUGGUCCUCAAUAUGAGUAUGCUGGCCUGGCCCAAUAGCACCAGAGGGACCAUCCCCAGGUCCAUUUGCAGCGACUCGUGCCCCAACGGCUACAUCCGAAACUUCCAGGAUCAAUGCUGCUGGAGUUGCGUGUCGUGUCGCGAGGAUAGCUACUCGUUCAACGACACAUGCGUGGCCUGCGCUCCUGGCUACGCUCCCAAUCGCGACUUCAACGGAUGCGAUAAGAUUCCGGCCGAGCAUUUGACCUGGGACAGCCCCUGGGCCAUUGUUCCGCUUGUUUUCACGGCCCUGGGCGUCACGGCCACCCUCUUCACGCUCACCGUCUUCUUGCGUUACAAUAGCACUCCGAUGAUUAUGGCGUCCGGAAGGGAAUUGUGCUACCUGCUGCUGACUGGCAUCCUCCUCUGCUACUUGAUGGCAAUCCCGAUCCUGGCCAAGCCCAACGUGUUCACCUGCAGCCUCCUGCGCGUCGGCCUGGGCUUCGCCCUCUGCCUCUGCUACAGUUCCAUCCUGACUAAGACAAACCGGAUCUCUAGGAUCUUCAACCGCGGGUCCAAGGCCGGCAUCAAGCGGCCGUCGUACACGUCGCCCAAGUCGCAGAUCGUCAUCUGCUGCGGCCUGGCCUCGAUCCAGCUAGGCGGCAGCCUGGUCUGGCUCAUGUUCGAGCGACCCAGCACCAAGGAGGUGCACCCGCAGCCGCUGACGGCCAUCCUGACGUGCGGCGUCAGCAAUUUGUCGCUGGUCCUCUCGCUCCUCUACAACAUGCUCCUCAUCAUCCUGUGCACUUUCUACGCCUUCAAGACCCGCAAGAUCCCCGAGAACUUUAACGAGGCCAAGUACAUCGGUUUCACCAUGUACAGCACCUGCAUCGUCUGGCUGGCCUUUGUGGCCAUCUACUUUGGCACCUACAACGACUACAAGAUCCAGACGGCCACUCUGUGCGUUUGCGUCAACAUUAGCGCAUCAGUAGCCCUGGGCUGUCUCUUUGUCCCCAAGGUGUACAUCGUCCUCUUCCAGCCGUACAAGAACGUCCGCACGCCCGGAAGCGGGGUUCAACGAAGUGGAGAUCACCGGGGGAUGAACAAGUUCAGCACCAGUGGCGGUGUGAGCGUGGGCGGCGGCGGCGCUGCGACUCCCAGCAACAGCCAGCAGCCGUUGGCCAGCAGCAUUAGCCAUCCGCCGGCGACUUUGAGCAGCGCCACUCAGUCGAUGACGUCGCUCAGUCGCUUUACUAAUCCCACCACACCGACGGCGGCGACGGCCAGCGGUGGUGGCGGCGGAGCUUCUACCUCCCAUGGCGUUGCCGUUUCCACCAUUUCGCUGGGCAGCGCCACAGUGGCCGUCCAGGCCAACGGGUCGGACAUGAGUCGAGCCGAGGCCGAACGAGAUUCCAAUAAUCUCAGCUAGGGAAGGUGCGAGGUGCUGCUCUAAAUUCAAAUCAACGGCCAGGAAAAGUUGAAAAAAUCUCAUCUAUAGACAUUUCAGAUGUACAUUUUUUUUAAAACUAAAACAAUCGACAAAUCAUCAUCAACUAAUUCAUGUCUUAUUUCGAAACAAACAAUUUUUAGAAACAAAAAAUCUUUUGACAUUAUCAGAUGGCGGCACCUCGACACAUUCUCAGCAGCUAAGACUUUUUCUUCUUUUUUUUUUAAUUAUCUUUUAUUCAUUUCGAUUGCCAAUUUGAUCAGAAAUGGGUUCCUUUCCUCUCUCCUCCUGCAUCCGUCCUCGUGCGAUCCCCCACUAUUUUCGGCGUUCAUUUCAAAACCCGGUGAUCUCUAUUAAGUUAACAAUUAAUUUCGAAUUGAUUUUUGAGUUUUCCAUAUUUAAAAAAGUUUAUGUAAUUGAAGUUUAAAAAAAAUAAUAAUAAUGUUGUACAUAAUUAAAGCUGUCGGGAUUGAGGAUUUGACCUUUGUGGGUGGUUCUGUCUCGGCAAUCGAGUCCCGCAACUCUUUCCAAAUUUUCAAAAGGACCGCGGAAUUUGUUUUUUUCUCUGAAAUUCAAAUUGAACCAAAGAAAAACAAAUUAACGACCGUCCCGGAAAGAAUUCAAAAGGUGUUGCGGGAUGAUUGACUGAGCCCCCUUUGCCGAGACAGGAUCACACAGACAGGAUUGAUUCAAUCAUUUUUUUUUUUAAAUUUCUGUUUAAACUGAAAAAUAUAUCACCGUCAGCCAAAGGGAUAAAAAAUAAAUCAUUCGCUGUUGAUAUGAAAUGAAUUAAAAAGGGUUCGUUGUUAUUCCUAAAAAAAAAAUGAAUCAUUAUUAUGUGUGUUGUUAACUAUCAUCAAUAAGAGAAAAAUUCCUUGUAUCGAUUUCCCCCACCCACCCCACUUAGCACCUCGUACCCACCCCCACUUGUAAUAAUGUUAAAUCAAUUCAAUAAUUCAUUUCUCUCUCUCUCUCGUCUUAUUGACUCGGUUAAACUAAAUUGGACUCGCUCGCCGUUGCUUUUGUGUGUGUAAAUAAAAGAGAGGACUUCUCUGGACGAGAUGUAAUCCUGUACUAUAUACAUAUAUAUGCUACAUAUAUACAAAUAUAAAUUAAUUUCUAUAUUAUAA